UACAUACUUCCCUUCUCCAUCGGACAGGAACCGACUUUGUCAGCAUUUAUUUCCCCGAGUUCGCUAUACCUAGGGGGUCCGGGACCGAGGACGACGAUAGCAUCAUGAGGGUAACAGGUCCAACGGCACGCCGGCGCAACCAUGCCUGGUUGCAAAUGAGGCGCCGAGACAGGCGGACCGGCCCGCUUGCCCGGCGCCAACAAGAAGACGACACCUCAGACGAUGGCGAUGUCUCGGAGAAUGACUCGGACGGGGACUCGGUUGACUCUGUCGACUCGGUUGACUCUGUUGAUUCAGUUGAUUCAGUUGAUUCAGUUGAUUCAGUUGAUUCAGUCGAAUCGUCUGAGGACGAAGCCGACCCCCAGCCGACCCCAACACUGGGGCCCGUCAUCGCUGGCACCAAAGUACGCCCUUCUCUUGCUGCCUCCUUGAAAGCGCGCCCCUCCGUCGCUGCCUCUGUGAGCGCGCGGGCCCGGACGGGAAGGUGGAUUAACAACCUCCCAAGGGCAGAAGUGGCCGCCGGUGCGACACUCGGGGUGGGUGAGCCCGGCGAGGGAGCCGAGGAUGAGCUCGAAUCGGAAUCCGAGACGGAUGGAAUCGAGUCCGAUGGCGAGGAAUCCGAUGGUGCCGAGUCAGUCGAGGAGUCCACAGCUCCUCCGGCCAUCACAGCGCCGCCGCCAGCAGGAGUAGCCCCGCCGCCUCCCGCAAUCACCUCUGCCGUACAGACAUCUUCCAUCAAGCCACCGCCACCACCAGCCGGCAUCACUAGCUCCUCGAUACGUCAGACUUUCUCUACGGUGACGCCAGAGAGGGACACAAACCCCCCAGACUCUACCGGAAUACCACCGCAACUGGCUCCGAUCGUCGCCCCGUCGGAAAGCAGCAGCUCAAGCCUCGAGGACCUGGUAACGUCGUUGACUACGACUUCGUCACAAACGCCGUUGAUACCUGUAACGAGCUCGGCCACACCUACCGUUCCGGUAACUGGAGCCACACAGUCCGAAGAAGCCCAGGUCCAGCCACCGAACAGCGAACCCAACGAGCGCGAGGGAGAGGGUGUCGGCAUUGGUGGUGCGCCAAGCGGACUCAGCUCGGGUGCCGUGGCCGGAAUCAUCCUCGGGUUGAUGGCCUUGGUCGGACUCCUCGCGGCCGCUUUUCUCUUCUGGCGCAAACGCCGCCGCGACCGCGGCCUACCCUUCUUCCCGCAAACCCGCCUCCGCCUCGGUGACGAUGAUGACGGCGCCCACCCCGGCGCCGUCACCGGCCCGCUCCCAGGCACCGUGGGCGGCCACAACGCCGCCAAGACCAACACGCAGAUCAUGGACGACCUCAUGAAAGCCGCGUACGCGGCCAACAACGGCGGCGGCAACGACAUGCAGGGCGCCUACGCCCCGCCCAAACCGCAACAACAACAAACCGCAGCAAACGUCUUCAUGGACGAAAAGGCCUACAUGACCCUCGCCGGCCCCCCCACCCCCGUACCCACCGCACCACCACCCGCACCGGCACCACCACCCGUACCCGUGCCCCCCUCGCCCGCGCCGACCGCCCGCAAGCCCGUCAUGCGCUGGCUCGACGAGGUCCGCACCCCGACCCAGCCCAACGGGCCCGAGAUCCCUCCCACCCCGGCCAUGCCCCCCUCUGGUGCCAGGGCCCCGCGUGCCACCAUGCCUAGCGGUGGGGGCCGUGCGGUUGAGCCGCCGAGGCCGGCGUACUAUGGGAGGGAUACCAUGACGACGGAUACCACGGGGACUAGUGUGCGUUGGUUUGGUUGAGUGGGUGUUUGGGGCGGAGGCGGCUUGGGGUG